ACCUCUCGCUACACCAACACAACCUCCUCCACUCCUGCUCCCCUCCCUGUGGGUCCGCGCGCAGCCACUGCAGUGAAUCCGUCAUCAGUCGAAAAGGAACGAGAGCGCCAGCGAAAGCAACGCGACUCAAAAUAUCACGACUACAGAUUUGCUUGCAAUCAUUUUUUGAUAAAACACAGCACCGCAGUGAUUGCACGUCGUUUCCCAUUGCAGUUUCAUUAGUGCUAUACUACCGGGAGAAGACGCCCUACCGACAGAAUGGGAAAUGAAUCGAGUUAUCCCUUGGAGAUGUGCUCGCACUUCGAUGCUGAUGAGAUUAAGAGGCUAGGUAAAAGAUUUAAGAAGCUCGACCUUGAUAACUCGGGCUCCUUGAGCGUGGAGGAGUUCAUGUCGCUGCCCGAGCUGCAGCAGAACCCCCUCGUGCAGCGAGUCAUCGACAUAUUCGACACGGACGGCAACGGGGAGGUCGACUUUAAAGAAUUUAUCGAAGGUGUCUCGCAGUUCAGCGUCAAAGGCGACAAGGAACAGAAGUUGCGGUUCGCCUUCCGCAUCUACGACAUGGACAAGGACGGCUACAUCUCCAACGGGGAGCUGUUCCAGGUGCUGAAGAUGAUGGUGGGGAACAACCUCAAAGACACCCAGCUCCAGCAGAUAGUCGACAAAACCAUAAUCAACGCGGACAAGGACGGCGACGGGAGAAUAUCCUUCGAAGAAUUCUGCGCGGUUGUAGGUGGCCUAGACAUACACAAAAAAAUGGUUGUGGACGUGUGACCAUGCAGGCGAACUCCUCGAAACACUUCUGCUUUCUUCUCCGUCUCUGAAGAUCUGCUCAAGAUGUCCAGCAUUGCUCUCUGUGUAUUUAAAUGGCAGUAUUUUCUCUGUGAAGCCACCUUUUUCCAACACAAGCCUCGCGAAGCCAACUUUUAAGUGUUAUUGAACUUGAUCCUGUCAAUAACCCAGUGUAGCACUUUAAAAGCCUGAAGGACAGCUUUCCUUGUCGAACGAGCAUCUCAGUUUGGUGGAGGAAGGGAAGACGGUCGGAGUGUCGCUUUUGUUUCAGUUUCAAUUUUUUUGUUUUUUUUUUUUUUUUUGUUUUGUUAUUUUUUAUAUUUAUUUUGGUGUUGACUUUUUUUUUUUUUUUUUAAACAAGGAAGUAUAUGUAAAAGGGGGAAUGUGUAGUUAGCUGAGGUGUAUCUAAAUAUACUUGAUUUCAGUACAACGCAAAAGUAGAGUAUGAAGUGCCAAUCAAAACAUCUGGAGGAAUAAAAAAACAGUUGAACUUGUGACGACCGACCAUCCUUUCAAGUUCCGGAGAAUUCUAGAACACAAAGCACUGCAUGAUUGAUCCUGCACAAUAUUCUUUCUACGAGUCUGACAGAGUCCUAUCUUUCUUUCUCUCUCUCUUUGUAUCGUGAAUCAGUUCCAAUGAAACAAUUUAGCUUCGAUCACAUACAGGUAUACCGCAAAGAAAUAUAUAUUGUUGGUUUGUUGUUUUUUUUUCUGUUUUUGUAGCAAGGGGAUUGUACGUUUUAUUUAUAAUGUUUAUAUUGUCAGGGGGCUGUUCUGUCCCUCGUCUUGAUUACUGAAAUACGGCAGAGUAGAAUUAGAAGCUAUCGUGAUUUUGCGCAUAAAAACUUGAGGUUUACUAUAAAGGCAGGUCUUUGCGUUACCAUAGUAACUUUGUGAACAUUUGCAUCCAUUCAAGACUAUCCCCCAACACAAGUACAUUUCAUUUUUCAUGGUGGAAUGUUUCUAUUCAAAUCUGUUGGAACAUGUUAAUAUAUUUUGUAUUUUAUUACCUUUUAAACAGCUGUUAAGGUAAAAAAACAAAUUACUCUAACAAUGGAAUAAUAUAAUAUGCAAUAACUGAAAAAAAAAUUAUAUGGAUAGUUUAAAUUGCGUGAUUAUAGGCGAGAAGUGCAUCUUGCUUUAGUGUUAAAUAACCAACUUUACUGCAGGCAGCGUUGAAAGGGUCGUUUUUGUUACCAGAUAUAUGUAUAUUAGGCAAAUGAGGGAUACAUUUUGUUGAGUUCAGUUUUUAAUCAGGAGGAAAGUUUUAAUUUGGGUAUAUCUAUGCCUCCAAGUUGCUACUUAAUAGUGCCCUGUAUUUGGAGUUCACUUUAGCUAAUAGAUUUGCUCUUAACGCGUUAUGGUAGAUUUGCGCCAUUUUGAAUACAUUUAGCGGGGUUGAAGUUGUGCACCGACUGAUAUUUUUGUCUCCACUCACCACCUUAAAGUUUUUCUUCUUUUGAGUGCGAUUUGUCUUGAGGGAGGCGCUAGAGGUUUGUAAGAGAAAAUAAAUACACGAAAAAACGAUAAAAAAAAAAAUAUAUAUAUUAAAAAACUGCGACGUCUUGAGAAUAGCUUCCUUGGUUUUCCGAAAUCCGGCCGGCUCGUUGCACAGUUCCGCUUUUGCUCGAACCGGUUUGCUCAGCGUUCCGUCAAGAGGCGCAGGACCAUAUAAGCAUCCUCCAGUCCUGGCUGUUCUUCGAAAAAAUAUAUAAAAAAAUAAAUAAAAAAUAAAAAAUUAAAUAAAAACGUUUUUGAAAAUAAAUAAAAAAAACGAGUGCUGCACGACCUUGGCUCGUAUGUCCUGGAGGCCUGAGGCUUCGAUGUGCUUGCAUGACAUGGGGUUUUUUUUUUUUUUUUUUUGUUUGUUUUUUUUUUCCUUAUUGCAUGAAGAUCCACUUUUUGAAAUGUUCCUCUUGUUUACAUAUGAAUUGUAAUGUUAAUAUACUAUAAUAUAGAAUAUUAAUAAAAAAAGAAUAACGACUUAUAAGGAUGUUGCCAAACUUUGGUAAAUGUUAAAAUAUAAAUAUGAUUGAAAAUUAUAUAUAUGAGACUCCACUACAUGUAAGUUUUUUUUUUUUUUUUAAAGAAUCUUCUGGAUCAGUGCAUUGCUUAAAAUCUGGCAAAGUUUCAUAUCUGUUCCAGUGUAGACUGCCAUGUGCUCUGCUUCAAGGGGAAACCAUUUUGUGAUAUUUUUACUUUUUUUUGUACAGAAGUAUUUGUUAUAAACAUGUAGUUGCAGCGCUAUCCUUUCUGUAGUUACUGCGUUGUCUAGGCUGACUAGGCUCUCUUAGUACCAUCAGUCUUUUCUUUUGGAGGAAUGGGUUUUUAUGUUUGUAAGUUGUUUUGGGAGUGUGUGUGUUGGAAUGGGGGGCGGGGCUGGGCUGGGCUGGGCAGGGCAGGGGGCGGGGCAGGUAAAACAGUCACACUGAAUGUUUUAGGUUCGGUUUUUUUUUUCCGUUUCAUUUCCUUUUACCUUCUUUGCAUGCUGCAUCAUAUGCUGUGAGAACUAAUGAAAACUUCAUACUGUAUGAAAAUGAAAAAUAAACUAUUUGAAACUUGUAA